ACUCGCAUGGAUUCAUGGGAAAAAUCGCUCUAGCAACGUGAGUGAGAAGCGGUGCAGCUAAGAGCAGAGCAGUAAGUUCUAAAAUAUUAGAGAUGGCAGAAGAACAAGAAAUCUCUCCCCUGGAGAAGAAGGUGGCCGAACAGAUAGAGUACUAUUUUGGAGACCAUAAUCUCCCUCGAGACAGGUUCCUGAAGGAGCAGAUGCAGCUGGAUGAUGGCUGGAUUACCCUGGAGACAAUGCUCAAGUUUAACAGGCUGAAAAGUUUGACCUCGGAUGCUGCGGUUAUAGUCAGGUCGCUACAGAAAUCCAAAACGGGGCUGCUGGAGAUCAGCGAGGACCAAACCAAAAUCAGACGGUGCCCAAGCAAACCUCUACCUGAGCACAAUGAGGAGUACAGGGAUGCUGUUAAACACAAGUCUAUAUAUAUGAAAGGCUUUCCCUUGGACACAACCCUAGAUGAGAUUAAAGACUGGCUUGCUGAUAAAGGAAAUGUGGAGAACAUUCAAAUGAGGAAAGGCCUACAGAAGACCUUCAAAGGCUCCAUCUUUGCGGUACUGGAGUCAGAGGAUGCAGCCAAGGCCUUUGUCGCUAGAGACGAUGUUAAGCAGUUCAAAGGAAACGACAUGAUCGUUCUGAUGAAGGAGGACUACUUUGCUAAGAAGGCAGAGGAAAGAAAGCAGAGUCGUGCAGGUGCAAAGGCUAAAGCCAGGAGUGAGAAAGAAGAAAAGCAAAAACAGGCUGAAGAGGAAGAGAUGAAAUCUCUGGAUGAGCAGAGAGGUUGUUUGCUGAAGUUUUCUGGUGACCUGGGUCAGACUUCUCGAGAGGACUUCCAUGAAAUCUUCUCUGAGCAUGCCCAAAUCAAGUGGAUUGACUUCACAAGAGGAGCCAAAGAGGGCACUAUCUUGUUCCGCUCAAAUGCUAAAGAGGCCCUGCAGAAGGCCCAAGAGGCUGCAGGAGGUGCAGAGCUGAAGGUUAAAGACAAAGCAGUUCAGUGGGAGGUGCUGGAAGGAGAUGUGGAGAUGGAGAUGCUGAAGAAGAUUAUAGAGAGUCAACAGGAGGCAUUGAAUAAACGCAAAGGAGGAAAAGGAGGUCACAGGGGUCGUGGCCGAGGCCGGGGCGGCCGCAGGGACAAAGGUGGGAGAGAGCAUGUGCAGUUCCAGGGCAAGAAAACCAAAUUUGACAGUGAUGAUGAAGACGGUGGUGGUGAUGAAGAUAAUGCAGAUAACACUGGUCCAAAGAAGAGAGCUCUCGAGUCCAACGGGAGAGACGCUGAAGCACCAGCACCUAAACAGGCAAAGGAGGAGAAUGGUUCAUAAGCAGGGAGCUGCAGCCCUGCUGUAUUUGUACUGUAGAUGUUCUCCUGUAAACAAGCAAAAAGCCCAGACUAUUCCACUGUCCACCACUAGCCACUAACUUGAAGCCUCCCACCUAAUCCUGAAGGAGCGUCAUGGAGAACCCAUACUGAACUGGACUUAGGGACUGAACGUAAUCCUGUUGUUAAAGGCUCAAUAGUCAUUGACUCUUACAUUUUUAUUUAAUUUUUUAUAACCCUCUCUACUAUGUGAUGUUUAUUUCCUUGUCUAAGCUCAUCACAUAAGUUACAUCCUUGAUGCCUUGGGGAGGGUUUUGCCAUCUUGGUUAUGUUCACAAAUGGAUGAUAGAUUUUCUAACAUCUUUUAAGUCUAGCUUUCAUUUUCUGAAUGGAAGGCUUGGUCCAGCCUGAUGAUCAGGCUGCAUUUGUGAUAAGGUAAUGACCUAAUACAGGACCUGAAUAAUUCACACAGGUUUUAAGUCAAUGAUUAGUUUAGCAUUUGCAGUCUGGUGAAUGUUACUUACCAACAAGUCACAAUUCUGCCUCACUCAAAGAUUUAACUCAUGCCUUUGUGUUUGGUUUGGCUGCAUUUCCAUGUGUUUCAAGUUCUCUGGUCCUGUUUUACUAUUAUGGCCAUCUUCUCAGUCUAUAACUUGGCAUCUGUUGUGCUGAAAUUCCUAUGAAUUGAUUACAGCAGUGCCUAAGUCCAUAUUACCUGCAUCAACCUCAGGGGUGCACAACUCUGGUCCUGGAGGGCCAGUGUCCAGCACAGUUUGGUGAUUUACCUGUUCCAACACACCUGAUUACACUUAUCUGUUAAUUUCCAGCUUAAGUGGGUGUGUUGGAGCAGGGAAACUGUGCUGGACACCGGCCCUCCAGGACCGGAGUUGUGCACCCCUGAUCCAAGUAGUGUGAAUUUGUUUUUAUUGAAAACUAUGAAUUGAAUAGAACAAGCCAGUAAAUGGUAAUAUAUAUAUUUUGUUUUUUUUUGUUGUUGUUUUUUGUUUUUUUUAAAACCAAUAAACUCUCCCGUGUGACUGAAGCCACACCCUAAAAUUUCCUAAGUGCUAUUUUAAUUCAUCUUGGUUUGUACAAACGUCUCUGAGGAUUUCAACAUAAGGCACUCGGAUUUUCUUUAUUACUUUGUUUUUCAUGUGUGAUGAAUUUAGCUUAUUGUUUCAUACAUUCAAUUUCAAUAAAAAUGGGGAAAAUGAAUUGG